AGCACUCUCGGAUGUCCCGGGUCCCCGCUGACACGGUCACCCUCACGGACCCGAUCUCCGCCACCCGCGUGCUGUGCGGCGCCCUCAUCAUGCCCACCAUCGCCACCAUCGUGGGCAAGCUCAUGUUCGGCCUGGUGCAGUCCAACUUCCAGAGGACUCUGCUGGGCGGCAUCGCGUUCAUUGCCAUCAAGGGUGUGCUGAAGAUCUACUACAAGCAGCAGCAGUAUUUACGGCAGGCCAACCGGGUGAUCAAAGACUACGAGGAGGUAGGGGAGUCCUCGGCCACCGCCACGCCCACCAGCGAGGACGGAGCCGCCACCAACGAGGGGUAAAAAUAAAACCAUCGCGUCAUCACCAACGCUGUCUGUAUGUGUGUCAUUGCUUGGGUUGCCAGACGAGGACUCAGCAGCCGUGUUCAGGUCUUUGGGAUUUUUAGUGAGCAGCACAGGGGAAAUCGUUCAAGUCAUUUUGUUGUAACCAGUAUGAAACAGAGGCAAGCCAUUUUCAGCUGUCUGGGAUGUUGUGCAAAAAUCUAGGGGGGGCCUUUUACAGAUUACCAAUGUCUUUUUCAUCAAUGCUGUUUGAACUUAAGCUUGUCUUAUCAUAAUUCUUAUCUGUAAACUGCUGAAAAAUGCCAAAAGAUGGGCUUCUUUGAUUGGCAAUGAAGAAGUUUGAGUCAGUUUUUCUUUCUUUCUCUAUACCGUGACUUAGAUUUUCUCCAAACUGUGCCUGUCUGACUUCCUAACUUCAUUCACCUACAAUUUCAAAUCGGAAUGGUUGAACAUAUAUUUUACCUAGUUGUUAGACUUGAAAAGAUCUUUCAUUUGCUACUCUUUUUCCUCUAGAGUAGAAAUGGGACAAUUGACUCUUUUUGUCAUAUUGCCAAAUAAAUAACCUUUUGACCCAUUUUGAUGGGGUUUCUCCUUCCACCAAAAGCCUCUGACUGCAAAGGCCUUGACAGGCAAAUGUCAGUUUCUGCUAACAGCACAGUAAAAGUUAUUGCUGAAGACACAGUUUAGAAAUAAUGGACUUAGCUGCUUGGUAAGAUCAUGAUUUUUGGGGGAAAUUUUGGUUAUCGAUUCUUUUUGUCUUUUAUUGAUUUGGAGUGACAUAAACAGCACCAACUUUCAGAUUAUUCAGUGGGGGCUUUAUAUUAUGAAACUUGUACUGAGGAUAUUAAGAGAGAGAGAGAGAGAGAGAAAGAGAUAGAGAGAUUAUCUGUUUUGAGAAAAAGAGGCAUUAGGAGAUGUUUGUUUUUGUUUUUGUUUGGGAUUGGUGUAUUCAAAGCAAGGGGGAGAUAUGGCAUAUGAUCAGUUCUGAUAACGUCAAAAAGUUUUGGGGUCUUUUACUCAUUUACUUUUCUUACGGCAAAAAGAAGCAGUACUUUAGGGAACUUGCUGCUUAUAACAGCAGAUAUCAUAAAGAUAUGGAAACAGUUUGUCACCCCAUAUGCUAGAGAUAUCUUAGAAGUUGUCACCUGAUUGUAGAUAGUUAACUGUGAUUUGGUGGGUUUUUUAAAAUUAGAAGUGUUUUCUUAGUGCUGGAGAAAUUGUUCAUGCGUCACUAGGAGCUGGACUAGGAAGAUAAAGGUGAUGGAUUGUUGAGUGUGUUGUGACGAAAGGGGUUUUGGUUUUUUUACAUUUCUUUGGUCAAAAAGUAGUUUGAUUUGACACUUCAGUUUCAAAAGAUUAUUUUGUCACCAUUUUGUUGUCGUGUUUUUUGUUUUGUUUUUUUUAUCUUCAUCUUUUCCAAAGCCAAAACAGUAAGUUCUUUGCCUGAGAGGAAAUGUGUUUCUUUACUGGCAAAGUAUCUGUAUGUGUUGCUUUAUAUCUACAUUAUUUAACCUAACUUACCUUGCCAUUACAUUAUUUACAAUGCAACUAGGUUAAUGCUAUGGAUGAUGGAGCAAACUUAGUUGUAUUGGUAGCCCAUAUUUUUUCUCUGUUCUUUCUCUAAAGGUCAGUUUUGCUUUAUUUUCUUGUUCAUUUUUUAAAUGACAGUUGAUUUCACUCAGAAGUAAGAAUGUACGCUUUCGAAAAGGAGGAGAGGAGAAGUGAUUUUUUUCUUUUCAUGAGCUCCUUCCACAAACUUUAUUUUGUAUUACGUCACAAAGUCAACUUGUCAAAAUUGCCUUGCUUUAGAGUCAAUGUAGUUUGUAUAAUUACUUUUUACAAUUCUUCUUCUGUAGCGUUUCACUUACCCCAGAUUGGCCUUGGCAGGCAGAGAGAAGCAACAGUCCUUUUUUAUCUGAACUAUGACAAUGGAGAUGUUAAAGUUUUCUUUACUACUUUCUGUUGCUUGUUGAAAGUGGUAAUGUUUUUUUCUACAGCCAAAAAUUCCUUUCCCUACUGUUUCACUUUGAGGAAGAGAAAACCACAAUCUCUCUUGUUGUCUUCUUUGUAAAUCCAUCCACUCGUGUUUUCUUGCACUUUUUGUUUCAGCUUUAUUUGUGAUACACGUAUCAACUACAAGUAACAUUUUAAAGUGGAGUUACUCUCCUGUGUCACUACUGGAGGGGAAGAUUGUAGGCAGGGCUCAGCAAAAGAUGUGUACACAUGAGCUGAGAUCCUUUUCUCUUGUUCGUAUUCAGCUUUAAGACUCUUUAGUUGUAUUCUCCCACCGGUUGUUUUUAUUUUGAAAGAAGACUAAAAAUAUUUGCUGCUUACAAAACGGUAAACAAAAUUUGUUUGUGUGUGUUUGAUUCCAGAGAAUUGAGUUGUGAACAUUGCAAGGAUAAUUUAUUGUCCUCAAAUGUAAAGAAAAGUGGCUAAAAUAGUUCUUAGAUCGUAUUGUGGAUUUUACCACUUUGUGAGGGACAUUAUCAUUUUCUAUUUGUCCUUUGGAUGACUGGAGGGGCAUCCCUGGUAGAACCUAUUGGUUUAUUACUGUCUGUUUCACUUUUUCCCUUCUCACUGUAAUUCUUUGUUAUAUCAUUGUGUUUCUCUUUUUAACUCUCUACCAAAUGAAGCUUUCUGCUUCCUCAAAGAUUGCAGCUUGUGACCAAAGCGACUGGCUGUGAAUGUCUUUCAGUUUUCAGUCUUCUAAUAGCUCACAUCUGUUGCUUCAUUUUCUUUCAGUUUUCAGUGUUCAUGAUUUUUCUAUUGUUUCUGAGGUCUCUGUAUGAUACGUUUUCCUUGGUUCAUUUUAAGAAUCAAAAGUUUUAUGCUUUAAUCAAUCCUCUGGGACCUGCAUAGUCCUCAUACAGCUCUUAGUUCUGUCUUGGGUAGAUAUUGUUAACUUUCACCCCUAGAUAGAAUGCACUGGGUCAAGGUGUGCGGAUGGGAGUGGUGAGUACCUCUGUGGGCUUUUCUUCUGUUUCCUUUGGUUAUUUGGAACUACAUGUGGUGAGGGUAGUAUGCACUCAUUUUUUUAUGGGUGCUAAUUUCUUUGUUUUUCUAUAUUCAAUACUUUUGUUAAAUAUGCACCUUGUUAUAAGGCUGAUUUCAGGUCUUCAUUCAUUCAAUGGAGAACUAUUUGUGUAAAGAUACCGGAAUUACAAAUUAUUUUCGGAGGUUAACACUUUAGAUUUCUUUUUGGGAUCAAGAUGCACUAAAGCGUACAUGUACAUUUGUAUGUGCCUUUAACCAGUGAGAAAAGGAUCAGUUCCAAGACAUAUUUUGUUACUAUCAUUAUGGUUUAUUUUCUGACACACUCUGAAUGUAUCAAAUUCUCAGAGAUUCAACAUCACAUGUGUUUGCUGUCGGAGAGAUUGUAAAGUUUAUGUAAGAUAAUACUACUGCCAACAAACUGAAUUGGUACCUUCUUUGUGUGUGUUAACUUGGCGAACCUAUGCUACUUUUAAGCCCUGUUAAGUUAUUUUUAAAAAAUUCUGUUUUGGAGUUUUGUUAUGCUUAAUCAUGUCACUAAAUCACACCGAGGGUCAGAGAACUUGAUAAAUCAAAUUAUAUAUCACACUUAGCAGAGUUCAAGGCUUUGUGGAUUAUGAACUGUGGCUGUUUUGCGGAAGGAUUUUAAUUAAAUAAGAAAAAACACACGCAGGAUUUUCAGGCUGAGGUUAAGUGAUGUUUUUGGUUUAAAUUAUUGCAAGCCAUGCAUCUGUGUAAAUGUCUCAAGAAUAUCACGUGACCUGCUGCUGAGAAAAUGUGUUUUAGGCAACUUUAUAAAGUGCUUCGAAAGAAGAGCUUGGAUUGAUAGCUCCUUGUAGUCCAUAGAAUAUUAGGGGAUUUUUGGAAAUUUUUAACUGCUGUGUAAGACUGAAAACGGAUGAUCGUACAUAUAAAGAUCAUUUGUUCUCAUAUAGCUCAUAAAACAGGACGAAUUGUAAGACUGAUGAGAAUUUUGAUCAAAAGGUACGGGAUGGAGUUAAGGCAAAGAGUAACUGCUUUUUAUGUCUCUUUGAGAGCCUGUGUCAAGAUAUGCAGAAAAGAACUCUAUUCAGAUUAUGUACAUAGUGUAUUAUCUUGCCCUGUUAGCACCUUUUUGCACUUGAGUGAAACUGUCUUUGGCUUUAAAAUGCGAACCAAUUUUUUUGUUUGUUCUUGUUUCUGAAAGAAAUAAGCCUACUGGCUUUUGAUCAGGUACGGUUUUGGGAAAACGCACAUUUUUUUCUCUUUGUAUGUUAUGCUAUAAAUGGGAGUAUUUUUUAGAGUGUGUGUGUGUGUGUGUGUGUAUAUGUGUUUGUAUGGGAUAUGUGGGUGCGUGCGUUCAUAGUUUUUUAGUUUUUACAGUGGUGUGAAAGAAAAUACCUACUGUCGUGUGGGUCUGCGUUCUAUUUGUUCCUAUGGUAAACUCCAUUACUAAGACUUUUUUUUCAGAGGACAUCCUAAGACCAUCACAAUAAGCUGAAUGGGAUGGUUGUUGUUCAAGGAUUCCUGUAAAAGGAUAAUUUACAGAUAAAGCUGUGUUGAUAUUUAUGGUUUCUUUCACAAUACAGGAUUUUUGUUUCUUUGAUUUCUUUGAUAACUUUGGCUGAGGUCUUUAUAAGUGUAUGCAAAACUGUCCAUCUAAUUUCUAAAGUGGGUGAAAGCCAUGCCAUUUCUUGGGCCGCUCAUGUCAUGGAGAGCGUCUAUGACUGUGCUAUUCAUCGUUGGGGAAAAAUAAUGUUGUAUAUUUUUAUUUGUGCAGAUCUUGUACAUACCAGAAUGAAACAAUUAAACUUGUUGAUCUACUUGCAACAAAA